AUGACCCCUGCAUAUGUUUAUCCAGAUCCUGCAGACAUCGGUCGCAACGUUACAGUGUCGACGUUGGCUCUGGACGAUUAUAUCACGGCCGUGUCUCUCCUUUUUGACGACAGCCAUGCAAUCAGCGGAUGGACCACGAAUCUGACACUGGAAAUCGUGUUGCUCGGCGUGUUUACCCCGCUUGCGAUGCUGGCAGCCUAUCUUCUCGCGCGAAAGGGCUUAAAGUCGAUCGCAGUCGUAUACCAAAUGCUCGCAUGCAUUAUCAUAACGUCCGGGCUCAUAGAGAUUAUCAGUCUCACUAGAGUGAUUACCCUUGCCGCCUUAACCAAGUCGUACUGCGAGCGCAUGCUGCAGUACGAGAACACCCCGAUGCCUCGACCAAUGCUCCAACCACCCGCCAACCCCACAAUGGGGAGCUUGAUAGCCGCGCUGAUACCGUCGAAUCACCGAGACCUCUGUCGAGUAGUAGUGUCAUCGCCAUAGACCUAGUCCAGAGCGGUACCUCCCGGUCGUCAUGUAACAGCGCCGGCGA